AUGGCUUUACGAAGACUGGAGUGUCUAGAACGUCGGAUGGUGAGGAAUCCAUUAUUAAAAGAGAAAAUUCACCGUCAAAUUGAAGAGUACCAGCAGAAAGGUUACACGCAUCGAGCUAACGAGGAGGAGGUAAAAGCAGUCGAUCCUAGAAGAGUCUGGUACCUACCGCUGGGAGCGGUAGUGAAUCCAAAGAAGCCGGAAAAGGUCCGGCUCAUCUGGGAUGCCGCAGCUGUAGUGGAUGGAAUCUCCCUCAACGCAAUGCUUCUCAAAGGCCCGGAUCAGCUCACAUCAUUGCCAGCUGUAUUGUCGCGGUUUCGCCAGUUUGCGGUGGCAGUCGCCGCCGAUAUUCAAGAGAUGUUCCAUCAGUUGCGGAUCCGUGGAAUAGAUCGACACUCGCUGCGUUUCUUGUUUCGUGAAGAUCCAACCGUUACACCAGAUGUCUAUGUUAUGGACGUGGCUACAUUCGGGGCUACCUGCUCCCCAGCAUCGGCGCAGUAUGUCAAGAACAGGAAUGCCGCAGACUUUGCCGACAAGUAUCCAAGAGCUGUCGAAGGGAUAAUAGAAAACCACUACGUUGACGACUACCUCGAUAGCUUUGGUACAGUAGCGGAAGCAGUGCAGAUAUCGGAGCAAGUGAGGGCGAUCCAUAGCAAAGGAGGCUUUCUGCUACGAAACUGGCAGUCAAACAGUGCUACCGUGAAGCAGCAAUUGGGUGAAACCACAGUCUCCUCUAACAAACAUUUGUUUCAUGAUAAAACAGCAGAAAACGGACGCGUAUUGGGCAUGCUGUGGUUAACGGACGAAGAUUGCCUAAGCUUUAGCGUACAGCUGAAGGAAGACGUGCAGCGAAUCCUGAAAAGUGAAUCCCGUCCUACGAAGAGACAAGUUCUACGUUGUCUCAUGAGUUUUUUCGAUCCACUGGGCCUCUUGAGCGCUCUCAUGGUCUACGGCAAGAUCUUGCUACAAGACAUAUGGCGCGCUGGAACUCAAUGGGAUGAGCAGAUCAGUGAAGACCACGAGGAGCGAUGGCGGAGCUGGACUGCCGUGUUACAGCGGAUUUCGACCGUAAAAGUUCCCCGAUGCUAUUUCCCGAACGCUACCCUGCAGUGCUACCGUCAGCUGCAGUUGCACAUCUUCGUGGACGCGAGCGAGGCUGCGUAUGCAGCGGUAGCGUAUUUUCGAAUCGUCGAAACAAAUGGUACGUCAAGAUGCGCCCUGGUGACGGCAAAAACCAAGGUUGCGCCCCUGAAACACCUGUCCAUUCCACGGUUGGAGCUACAGGCUGCUGUACUUGGAACUCGAUUGAUGCGUUUUAUUCUGGAGUCCCACACCGUAAUAAUAACCGAGCGGUACAUGUGGUCGGACUCUACAAUAGUUUUGGCAUGGCUUAGAGCGGAUCCCCGCAAGUAUAAGCAGUACGUAGCCUGCAGAAUUGGGGAAAUACUGGAACAGACGGAUGUGAACGAGUGGUGGUGGGUACCUUCGAAGAAUAACCCAGCGGAUUACGCCACGAAAUGGGGAAGCGGUCCAUCUGUGGACGUUAAGGGUGUUUGGUUCCAGGGACCAUCUUUUUUGUACCAACCGAUGGAAGAGUGGCCGAAGCAGAAAGUGCCGUUACCAAUGGUGGAAGAAGAGUUUCGUCCAUGCAACGUUCAUGUGGAAGCGGCUGUACCAACGGCGGUGAUUGAUUGCGAGCGUUUCUCUAAGUGGGAACGUCUACUGAGAGCAACGGCCUACGUGCAUCGCUACGUGGGGAACCUGAAACGAAGCAUCUACGGUGAGGCGAAAAAUACAGAUUUCCUCACUCAAGAGGAGCUGCAGCAAGCAGAAGUGAUGCUGAUUGUGAUGGCACAACGACAGCGGUUCUCAGACGAACUUGCGGUGCUCUCACGUGAUCGUGACCGACCCAGAACCGAACGAGUGGGUUUAAGCAAAGCCAGCUCGCUGUACCAACUGACACCAUUCGUCGAUGAAACCGGUAUUAUGAGAGUGGAUGGACGGAUAGGAGCAGCCGCAAAUGUAUGCUUCGAGGCGAAGUACCCUGCAAUUCUUCCCAAGAAACACCGACUGACAGAGCUUAUAAUAGAAGCGUAUCACCGAAAGUUCCAGCACGCCAAUUCAGAGACCGUGGUGAACGAGAUAAGACAGCGAUACUAUGUUUCUCACCUACGAGCAGUCGUCCGCAAGAUCGGGAGCGAAUGUAACGUGUGCAAGCAGCUUCGAGCGACUCCUCAUGUUCCACGCAUGGCAUCCCUUCCUCCAGCCCGCUUAGCUUCGUUCACGAGGCCUUUUACCUACGUUGGCCUAGAUUUCUUUGGACCCUUAGUUGUGAAAGUGGGGCGUAGCAAUGCGAAACGGUGGGUUGCGCUUUUCACUUGCCUUACAAUCCGUGCGGUGCAUUGUGAGUUAGUAUUCAGUUUAUCAACCGACGCCUGCCUGAAGAGUAUUCGUCGUUUUGUGUGUCGCCGAGGCGCCCCGGCCGAAAUUCAUUCUGAUAAUGGCACUAAUUUCUGUGGCGCGGAGCGGGUGUUGGUGGGACAGAUCCAGCAGGGACUUGCUGCGACGGUAACCAGUACGACAACCAAAUGGCUGUUCAUUCCGCCUACAGCCUCCCAUAUGGGCGGCGCAUGGGAGCGCAUGGUGCGCUCGGUGAAGCAGGCGAUGAUGGGUGCCUAUAACAGCCAUCGAAAGCUCGACGACGAAUCGCUGAACACGUUGAUCAUUGAAGCGGAAGCCAUUGUUAACAGCCGUCCCCUCACUUAUUUGCCAUUGGACGCAGAGGAAAGCGAGGCUCUAUCUCCGAACCACUUCCUGUUAGGAAGCUCGAGCGGAGUUCAGCAACCUGUGGCGGAACCGACGGAUAGUUCAGAAGCAUUGAAGAAUUCCUGGAGCAUGAUACAGCAUCAACUGGAUUGCUUCUGGAGGCGAUGGAUCCGGGAGAUGCUGCCAACGCUGACCAAGAGGACAAAAUGGUUCGGGGAAGAGAGGAUGAUUAGUGACGGAGACCUGGUGUUCAUCAUAGACGACGGUAAGCGGAAUGACUGGACCAGGGGAAGAGUGAUGGAGGUUAUACCGGGGGCCGACGGUCGGAUUAGGCAAGCAAUAGUAAGAACUGCGAGGGGGUUACUCCGUAGACCUGCUUCGAAGCUAGCUAUCUUGGAUAUUGGUGGUAAAACUGGGACCGGUGGCCAGUGUUACGGGGGGGAGGAUGUUCCCGCUGGGCGCACUGCUACAUCUAAGCGUUUCACGGUGUUACCUCGACUUAAUCCCGCUAACGGCUGUUAA